AUGCCUAACCAGGGACAAGAAGAGACAGUGGCACUGGAGUCAAUAAGAGCAACAAGCACAGUAAGCACCGUAAGCACAGUAACAGCAGCAACGACACCAACAUCGACCACAGCCUUGCCAAGUACAAUCCCAGCAGAAUCAGAAACAGCAUCGCCCGCACCUACGCCGACAACAAUAACGAAACCAAUUGAUGCUGGCUUGGCAGCACCAGCAGUAGCAGGGCUAGGGCUAGACUCGGAAUCCAACGGCGAGUUCUCGUGCAACAUCUGUUUCGAUACCUCCAUGUCUCCCGUCCUCACCCUCUGCGGGCACUUGUUCUGCUGGGCUUGUCUGCAUCAAUGGCUCGAGGCACAACAUCAGAACCCAACAUGCCCCGUCUGUAAGGCAGGAUGUGCACAGGACAAAGUCAUCCCCAUCUACGGACGAGGCAAGGAGCAGCUCGAUCCCAGGUCGACAACGCCAAAGAGGCCUGCGGGGCAGAGACCGGAACCGUUGAGGAAUCCAAACCAGACGGGAUUUGCAUUGGGAACAGGACAGGUGACAUUCACGGGGACCAUGCUGCCCCCUUUCAUGUUCACGCCCUUUGGCAUCCAGUACGGCGCCACCUACAGCGGCACCAUCGGCGGCAACGGCGCAGUACAAACCCCGAUGCAGGCAUAUGUGUCACGGAUGUUCUUUAUGCUUGGCACUUUGAUCCUUGUAGGGAUCCUGCUCUACUAA